UGAUAUGCCUAGGAAGGAGCUGGGGAUGGCUGGCUGCGACUCUGGCAGCUGUGACAGCAUGGUCAGCACAGCCUCCAACCACUCGCAGCGUAGCGAUAACAGUUAUGACUACUUAUCUGUGGAAGAGAAAGAGUGUUUGAUGUUCUUAGAAGAAACUAUUGGCUCACUGGAUGCAGAAGCAGACAGCGGGGUCUCUACCGAUGAGACCGACUACGUGGAGCCCUCCAAGCUGCCCGGGACGUGGCCUAAGAGAGACUCCGUUCCCCGGGAUUUGGAAAAUGGGGCUCCCCCUCCGAGUGUAGGUCAGCAGCGUGCAGCUGAACAGAAGAGUGGUAAGAGCAUCUCUGCCUUCUCAGGCUUGGCUCCAGCAGCAGUUCCAAGCUCAGGCUAUUACAGUCUUCCAAGGAGCAUCACUGUAGCAAACGGAGCUUCUGACAGCAAAGCGACUGUCCGCACAGUGGAGGACCCAGUGCCAGUAGAUAAAUCUUCACAGGAGAUGGCCAGGGAGGACAGGCUUGACCAAGCCAACAUGAGAAGCCAGAUGAAGUCCCUGGGAUCUUUGAUUAUCCAACCCCCAGAUCCCUUCCAGGAUGACCUGGUGAGCCACGAGUGGUCACGUAGCAAUCGUUCAGAUGCCAAGAGGGAAACAGCCAAGGAGACCAAGACUUGGACUUCAUGGGGCCAGCCAGAGAAAUCCACCUUGGAAGAGGUCCCUCAGGACCCCAAUACCAAGCGCGGGCCUCCAACAGCCCCCAAACCGCGAAAAUUGCCACCAAAUAUUAUCCUGAAAACCAGCAAAAACAGCCCAGUGCCACUUGCCAUGGAGCCCAGCCAGAAGGUAAAAUCACCUCCUCCAUCCUCGGCCGGCUCUCAGCCCAGCUCUGCCAGCGAUGCCGCUGCUGAAAAGGUGAAUUCGGGGCACCUUGACCCCAAGGAGAGGCAGAAAGCCCGGCGGGAGGCAUUGGAGAAGCUUGGACUGUCGCAGGACAGGAGGGAGCCUAGCGCCCACCUUCAACCUACCACGCAUCCCCAACCAAGGGAGAUGCCAUUCCCCGUCCCUGGGGAGCCCGAGACACACUGUGGGGCAGCGGAGAGGUCGGUGCCGGGUAGCCGGCAGAUGACCUUCAAAUCCAACACCCUGGAGCGCUCCGGCGUGGGGCUGAGCAGCUCCAUGGCCAGCACCAAGGAGCAGAGCGUCAAGACCAGCAGCUCCUUGGGCAAGAUGUCCUUCAUCGAGCGGCUCGCCCCGAGCUUCCUUAGGAGCAGCCGCCCCCGGCCAGUAUCCCUUGGGGUGGGGAAGGACUUCGCUGGUCUGAAGGAGCCCGGGCAGGUGGAGCAGGUGAAGAGCAGCAAGUGGCGAUCCCACCCACUGCAGAGCUUCCCCAGGCCAGCCGGCUCCUGUGUCAGCGUGAAGAUUUCCCCCAAGGGCACGACCGAUGAGAACCGGCGAGAGGCACUGAAGAAGCUCGGUCUGCUGAAGGAAUAG